AUGUCGCAAAACAAAGCAGCGUGGCUCGACGGGAAGGAUGUCCGUCCACUCGCCGUCCGCCCGGCGGAUAUGCCCAAACCUGGGCCGAGUGAGGUCAUCGUCAAGAACCAUGCAGUGGCAAUCAAUCCUCUCGACUGGAAGAUGCAAGACGACGGGUCUUACGUCGGAACCUUUCCGAAUGUGAUUGGCACAGACAUCGCUGGUGAAGUUUACGAGGUGGGGAGUGAGGUAAAGAACUUCAAGAUAGGCGACCGGGUGCUUGCUCACUGUACCGGCAUCAUGGACAAGAAACCUCAGUCCGGCGCCUUCCAGCUCUAUACUGCUGUCCACUGCGCUUUGACGAGCAGAAUUCCCGACAGUAUGAGCUUCACCGAUGCCACCGUCCUGCCUCUGGCUAUAUCUACUGCAGCCCCAGGCCUGUACUCCAAGGACAAUCUCGCCCUGCCACUGCCGAGCGCCACAUCCAUCCAGCCCAUUCACAAAUCUAUCCUGGUCUGGGGCGGCUCGUCCUCCGUCGGCUCUGUGACGAUCCAGCUGGCCAAAGCAAGUGGCCUGACCGUUCUCGCAACGGCGUCGGCGCGAAAUCUCGACGCCUUGAAGUCGGGAGUGGGUGUAGACCAUGCGUUCGAUUACAAAUCCCCCAGUGUAGUAGAGGACAUCGUAGCGACCGUCAAGAACCUCAAAGACAGUCGCGGGAUCGAGUUCGCAGGUAUCUACGACGCCAUUUCCGAGCCUCAGAUCUUUCCAGAAGCCUUAGGCCCUAUAUUUGACAAGUUGGAGUCUGAGAAGCUCAUAUCAGCCAAGAAAUUGGCGACGGUUCUUCCUCCUUCGAACUUGCCGGAUGAUGUUCAGGCCAAAAUGGUGCUUGCAGGGAUGAUGUUACCUGGCUACGGUUAUGAGGACUUCACGCCUGGUGUCUGGGCGAAUUUCGUGCCGGCAGCGUUGGAGACGGCCACGUUGAAGCCACUGCCCCCUCCCUUGGUGGUUGGGAAGGGACUGGAGGCUAUUCAGGAAGGAAUAGACCAGAACAAGAAGGGCGUCAGCUACAGGAAAGUCGUUGUCGAGUUAUAG